AUGGAAAACAAUAUACAAUGUUUUAUAAAAGACUGCACAAAAUUUCCUGAUUUUUUAUGUAAUUGUGGAAGUACAAGGACAUUUAUCUGCAAUGAUCACAUGAGAAUUCACUGCUUAGGAGGCUCAUCACAUCAGCUAUCAUUAAUUCCAAUAAAUCUUAAAUCUGAAGAAUUGAGAAAAUCCUUAAAUAUGAAAAUCAAAGAUAUAAGGUAUAGAAGAAAUGAAGUAAUUGCAAAGCUUUCAUCUUAUAAUCUUUAUUUGGCCAGAAAUGGUCAAAUAGACGACCCUGCCCUAGAGUCAUUGGCCUAGGGUCGGAGGGCCCGCAGCUUUUGGGAGGUCCGGGGUGAGUUUUGCCAGCUGUAAUUAGACUUUUUCCUUGACCCUUAGAUAGGUAGCAACAAAUUUGAGACGACUUCAUGGAAAAAAGGAUGCUAGGAGGCUUCGAGCGGAGCGUGGGGCAAGAAGGAGGACCAGACAAUCAUCUUCAGACUGAUUUCUCCUCUGAAGUAGGAAUCUGUGACCGAUAAGUCCUAAAUUCAAGAGAAGCGAAGGUCUCCCCGACAGAUCUCGACGUCAGCACUUUUUGAUGACGUCAUCAGAAAAGAACCAAAAUAAUUUUUAGAAGAUUUAUUGAAGGAUUUUUAAUUUUGGGACUUGUGCCUGAAAAAUGCCCUUUAAAUAAUUUCUCUUUCUCUCUUAUCUUAUAAUCAAUUCUUAUUUGAAAAGCUUAAAGUUGUUUUAAAUAAAUUCGAAAGAGUUGAAAAGAAUUAUUCCCAUUUCUAUAAUAAUGAAAUUCAUGAAAGUGGUCCAAUAGCAUCGCCAAUCGAUAUCAUGAAUCAGAUUGAAAUAUUAAUGGUUGAUCAGUUAGAUGACUUAAAAGGAAAUAUUUUAGACUUAACUAUAAACUUUGAGCCUAAGCAGUUCUUUGAGGCCCAGUUAGAAAAUCAUCAAAAUCAAAUGCAAAAUCACCUUAAAAAAAUAUUAGAGCAGUGUGAUGAAGUUUUAAAAAGACAUUUUAUAGAUGACAGUAAUCCCAAUAAUCAAGAUCUUUUCUUAAUGAUUGAAAACAAAAUUAGCUUAUUAUCAAAUCAGCUCACAAUCAUAUCGUUAGUUGCUUAAAUUGGAACAUUGCAGCCUACAUGUGGAAUCUUUUUCACGUGUGAAAAGAUGAUUCCACAUGUGAAAUCAAAAGGGCUUCUCAUGUGGAAUCAUCUUUUCACACGUGGAAAAAAAUUCCACAUGUAGGUUGCAAUGUUCCAAAAUAACCAACUAACGAUACAAAAUUUUAAUGAUGAGUUAAAAUUCCAAAAUAAAAAGCUAGACGUAGAGAAUAAAUCGCUUAAUUCUCCCCCUUCUCUGGGUGAACAAAAAAAUUUUGUUCAGUUAUUUUUUUUUAAAAAUUGUAUAUAUAAAUAUUAUAAUGAUUUUGUUUUGAAAUUUAAAACAAUCCCAAUUCGCAAAAAUUGGAAAGCAAUAUUUAUUUAAUUUGUAAAAUUUAUGUUUCAAAAUGCAAGCCGUUUAAAAUAAAACAGAAUUAGCAAGAGAUUUCAUUAUAUUAAUUAUCACUUAUAAUCAAUUUUUUUUUUAUAUUAAAACAAUUUUUGUUCGCUCACAGUGGUGGGUUUUUGGGUAAAAACAUAGGGAUUUUUCUAAUGGUUUUAUUCGCUCACAGAGGGGAGUAAGAUGAAAUUAAAAUCCCAGGAAAAUAUCUCUGAAUGCGAAACCAUUGGUGCUCCUCAAAAGAAAGCAAAAAUCUCAAAAAGAAGAACCCCAAACAACAGCAUAUUGGAAUCAAACUGCAUUGUUUCAUUUACAAAUAAUUCAAAAACCAUAAAUAUACUAAAUCUUAUCACUUUAGACAAAGAAAAAAUCAAUUUAAAUCUCCCUGAGAAUUUAAGUGAUUCUAUAUCAUGCUGUCAAAUCCCUGAUGAUAGAAUCUUUUGCUAUGGAAACGUUAUAGAAAAUAAGCAAUAUUCAGGAUUAGCUUUUAUUAUAGAUAAAAACUUUGAAAUUAAAAUUAUUGAGUCAUAUACCCCUUGCACUCAUUCUAGCUGUGCUUAUUUUGAUGGACAUGUCUUUAUUUUUGGAGGAAAAAAUGAAUGCCAAGAUUUAAAUAUUGCUGCAAAGUAUUCAAUUUCCUCAAACAGCUGGCAGAAAUUGCCUGAUAUGCUAGUCCCUUCUCAUGGAUGCUCACUCCCCCCCCCUCCGUGAGUGAACAAAACCAUUAGAAAAAUCGCUGUUUUUUGCCCAAAAACCCACCCUUCGUGAGUGAACAAAAAAUUUUUUAAUAGAAAAAAUUUUUAUGGAAAAAAUUUUGAUAUAUAAAUGAUAAUUAAUAUAAUGAAAUCUAGAGCUAAUUCUGUUUAAUUUUAAACAAAUUGCAUUUUAAAACAUAAAUUUUAUAAAUUAAAUUAAUAUUUGCUUUCAAAUUUUUUGCAAAUUAGGGUUUUUUAAAUUUCGAAAAAAAAAAUUUUUUAUAAAAUUUAUAUAUAAAUUUUUUUAACAAAAAAACAUUAACCCCCCUCCGUGAGUGAACAAAAUUUUUUUGUUCACUCACGGAGGGGGGGAGUCAGUUGUUUUGUUCAAUAAUGAUUUUUACAUUUCCGGUAUUAAUCACGAUAGAAUCUACUCUUUUAAUUUAGAAAGCGAAAGAUACAGUGACGUAGCAGUUAAGUUUAAGAUCGGAGUUCCAAGAAUUAUUAUUUGCUUGAAAUACAGCACGAUGGCAUUUGAUUCUGAAGAAAAUUUUUACAGUUCUUAUUCAGGAAAAGAUUGAAUGUUUUGUAAAGUCUCAGGAUUUCCAAAUCUAAUACCAUCAUCAUACAAAGUAAGAAAAGGCAAAGUCCUAUAUUUUUGUUGUAAAAGCUCAUUUUACAGAUUUCAAAUGAACUCAAAAGAUAGAAUUAAACAAAUAGGAUUUUAA